GCUCUUCCGCUUUGUUUCUCAGUUGAGCAGCUGCGUUUGAACGGCAAGGCCUGCGUUCUCGUCGGAUUUCAUCGAUUCGCACAACCGCCGUUGUUAUCGCCGCUAUAAAACGAUAUGAUGGACACCGAGAAGUUCAUCAAGUGCGUCAAAAAUAACCCCACGAUAUGGAAGAAGAAUUCCAAAGGGUACGGGGACAGGGUCAUGAGGGAGAGCUGUUGGAAUCUCAUCGGGCAGCAUAUGUUCGAUUCUUGGGACGAGAAGACCGAGGAGGAGAGACACGAGGAAGUUAUAAACAUGAAGAAUAAAUGGAGACAUAUGAGAGACAGCUUCAACAAAUACAUAAACCAAGGCAAGGGUAGAUUUUCAGGUGUGAAAAAAAGGAGGUACAUCUACGCUGACAACUUAUCCUUCCUCCUACAAAGAGGAAGCAGAAUCGCCAGAGAGAGUCAAGAGGAAGAGGUCAAACCAUCUUUCACCAAUCAAGACAUAACCGACCAAGAGAUCUCUGAGAGGACACAACCAAAACCCCAGACUGUCGGGAAAAAAAUACCAGUAAGACUACAAGAAAGAACAAAUAACAUUCCCAAAUAUCACCUCAUCAAAAACCCUGCCAGUCAGACAAGUCCAGAAGACGAUCCCGAUAGAUGCUAUCUGUUAUCUCUCCUCCCGGAAUUCAGGAAGCUGAACGAUGAUCAAAAACUGGAUUUCCGCUUCCACACCCUCCAGUUCUUCCGCGUCAUACGCACCAAGAUGUUGACCAGGAGGCCUCAGGUUGUUAACGGUUGGAGUGAGGAAAUGGAGUGCGAGGUAGAUAACCCCCAGAGCUACGCCGCUUCACCAAGAGGCUCCCAAAAUUCUUCGCCUCCUAAUUCACCAGGAGCAUCGCCAAGGUCGGAUCAUUCAGCAUCCGCAACGCAUUUUGAAUCCGUGAAGGCAGAACUGAUUUAGUUUUUCGUGUUGAAGAUCAUCUUUAGUGCUUGUAAUUGACUAAGGACUGUUCCUGAAUAUUGUGCCGAAUAAACCUGAACCAGAGUUGCCUGAAAUUUGAAUCAUUCGCUGAUCCAUUUCUGACUGGACCAUGCAUCGUCGAUGUUCAUAACUGCUUCGGUCUAAGUUCGAUGUAAUUUUCUUUCAUAGUGGAUAAACCUUGACUGAUCAAAUGUUGGAGAUUUCUUUGGUGAUAGUUUGUGGUUUGAACUUUGCAGAAGACAAUGUUUGCCUAAUGUAGGUAUAACCAGCGUUAAUCACCCUUAGCACAAAGAUUAACCUACCAGAUUGUAGCAGACAUUUGACCAUUCCACACGAUGACCAGAAGAAGAGAGAUAUCAUCAAUAAAAAUAACAAUAAUAAGCUUUAAUGAUUCAAUUAACGAAAAAGAAAUAAAUAGAAAAAAUAGAGUAGUAAACAAUGAAAACAACAACUAAUUACCUCAUUCUGAAGGUCAUCUAGAAACUUAGGGUCCAUCUCGAAUACAUGCAUACCUAUAUGAAGAAAAAGUUACGAUUUGUUUAUUUGGAACUAUCACUACAACCUGAUUUUUCUAGUCUUUCGAUAUAUUUCUUUUAUAUCAUACAACAUUUUUUAGGAUAUUCCAAAUGUUUAUUCGUUUCAUAUAGUUCAAUUUUCAAUCAAAACUAGUAACUUACCUAUAUUAAUAAAUAA